AUGAGAAAUCUGAACAUCUGCUUUUCAGAUUCAAGUCUAUCAAAAUCUCCACCUACAAGUCCCACUGCUACUACGACUACUAGUGCAACUUCCUCACAUCAAGAUCAUCAUGAAAUUCAUCAUAAACCUUCUUCAUCUACAUCUUCCACAUCAUUUAUGAUCAAGAACUUCAACUCUCUCUAUGACCCUUCAUUGACCUCCGACCAUACUUCUUCACUCUCUACCACUUUCACCACAUCCACAUCAUUCAAUCUCGAUGUCGAGCCCGAACCCGAACUCAAACCAGUUGACUUUGCAGCUGCCUUCGCCUCUCAACGCUUCUUCUUCUCUUCUCCCGGAAGUUCGAACUCGCUAAUUGAAUACACAAACACAAAUUGCAAGUCCAAUAGUACUGAGCGUGAGCGUGAGCGUGAGAAGAAGAAGAAUAACAGAAAGGAAGAGAAAGAGAAGGUUUUGUUCAACGGAAGCGUGGCUGUACCAACCUAUUCUCCUGAUCCUUAUACGGAUUUCAGGAGAUCGAUGCAAGAGAUGGUGGAGGCUCACCCCGAGUUGAUGGAUGUGAAAUCAAAUUGGAACAUCUUGCAUGAAUUGCUUCUUUGUUACCUUGCUCUCAACCCAAAAAAUACACACAAGUUCAUUCUAGCUGCUUUCGCCGAUCUUCUCGUUACUCUCAUAUCAUUGUAA